AUGGCGUGGAUGCUGGACUGCCUUUUCGCAUCGGCCUUUGAGCCCCGCCCCCGCCGUGUGUGCGUCCUGGGAGGAGCCCCAGGACAGAACCCAGACUGCAGGAUGGACAUGGUAUCCAUACACAGCCUCUCUGAGCUGGAGCGUCAGAAGCUGCAAGAGACUGCUUACCACGAACUCGUGGCCAGACAUUUCCUCUCUGAAUUCAAGCCGGACAGAGCUCUACCCACUGACCGUCCAAACACUCUGGAGAAGUGGUUUUUGAUGCUCAGAGGACAAGACAGGGCUGCAUCACUGAAGACUUUUGGCAUCCGCCUGGACGAGGUCCUGGUGAACGAGCUUACCCGCCGCAAGCACCGUGAACUGGAACUGACACCCACAAUGCAGGUUGAAGAUAUCAAUGGUUCCACUGGUCGUCGCCGUCGGGGAAAUGUGGUGCAAAGGAUGCUUGGACGCAUGAGGCGCUUUUUCAGUCGCAGGAGGAAUGAGCCCACCACCCUGCCCAGAGAGUUCACUCGCCGUGGGCGUCGAGGUGCCAUUUCUGUGGAUAGCGUCGCUGAGCUGGAGAAUGGAGCCCUGCUGCUGCAGAUCCUGCAGCUCUCCGAGUUUUCACUGCCUAUUGGACAGCGACUUCUGGGAUCCAAAAGGAAGAUGAGUCUCAACCCAAUUGCUCAACAAAUCCCUCAGAUUGUUGAGACUUGCUGCAAAUUCAUUGAGAAACAUGGCUUAACCUCUGUCGGGAUUUUCACCACUGAGUACUCUCUGCGGAGGGUGAUUGAGCUCCGUGAGUUAUUUGACAAAGGCCUGGAUAUUGUGCUGGAUGACAGUGUGAAUGUCAAUGAUGUGGCUGAACUCCUCAAGGAGUUUUUCCGUGAGAUGAAGGACUCUCUUCUCCCUGAUGAGCUUUACAUGUCCUUCCUCCUGACUGCAACUCUGAAACCCAAGGAUCAGGUUUCUGCCCUGCAGCUUCUGGUCUACCUGAUGCCACCUUGCAACAGUGAUACCCUUGAACGUCUGCUGAAGGCACUGCAUACAAUCACUGAGAACUGUGAAGACUCCAUUGGCAUUGAUGGACAGCUGGUUCCAGGUAACCGAAUGACUUCCACCAACUUGGCUCUGGUGUUUGGAACUGCUCUUCUGAAGAAGGGGAAGUUGGCCCACAAGGAAUCCAGGAAGAUCAAACUGGGGAUUGAUCACUAUGUUGCAUCUGUCAAUGUGGUCCGUGCCAUGAUUGAUAACUGGGACACCCUCUUCCAGGUGCCCCCUCAUAUUCAGAAGGAGGUUGCUAAGCGUGUGUGGAAGUCCAGCCCUGAAGCCCUGGAUUUUAUCAGACGCCGUAAUCUGAGGAAGAUCCAGAGUGCUCGCAUAAAGAUGGAAGAGGAUGCUUUAGUUUCUGAUCCAGUGGCAAACUCUGCUGAAGCCCAGGCUGCUAUCCUUGCCCAGAGCCAGCCCUUUGAUGAAGAGCCCGAAGGAGCCCCAGAUGUGCCCGAUGUCGUGAACGUCGGAGACAACCUGAACUAUGACUUUGAAGACGAAUCGGAUUUUGAAGACCAGGACCAUCUGGAUCUUGCAGAGGUCCCCUAUCUUGAUGUAAUUCCAAACAAGGAAGACACCGAUUCAGAUACCGACUCGGAUGCCGGUGAAAUCCCAGGUUCCACUGAGGAGCCCGCUGUGCCUGCCAGCACUGCCAGUCCCGGUGACAAUGAGGAAGGAGGUAACGCCCCCAACGCAGGCCGCGUGCCCCGCAAGAAGAAGGGCAAAUUUGGCAUCCGCUUCUUUCGUUAGAUGUUUUCCCUUCUAUAAGGUGCCGGACAGGGUAAAAGGGUGGGGGUAGACCUGGAAUGUCACAGGAAACAGUAAAGAGUCUUGAAGACAAAGAACUAAGGAUCAGAAGGAGUUCCACCUGAUGCUCGGGUCAGGACAGGAAUUCCAAAUACACUGCCAGCCCCAUUACUGGGGAUGCCUGGUAUCUUCAGCUGGUAAAAGCAGAGAUAUUUCUGUGUCAUGACCAGGCUCCCUGGUGCUACCUUGCCUUCUCUUUUACUCCUGAUCCAGGCUUUCUCUCACUACAGCAGCCCCUUCCUUUAAUUGAUGUUACAUUUGUGGUAAACAUCUGUCCCAGAGAAGCUCACAAAUCUCGAGGUGCUUUCCCUACCCCCUCCCCAAGGGGAUUGCAUGCUUUCCUGACUUUCCUACCCUCCUCCUAAGAGCUCACUGGAAAGUCCCUCAAGAGGCAUGUUAGAAUGUUAGGUCAGUCUACUGACAGCUGACAAAAAAUUAAUGCUAAAUUGUGUAACAUCAACUCAUAGCCGUGUCCCCGCAGCAGAUCCAC